CAUUCGCAGAGGGCAACAAGGAAGUUAUCAAAUCAUUGGGCAGCGUCGUUUGGGGAACGUUUCAUCAACAAGGACCAUCAUGAGAAGAGUUUAAAAAAAAACAAAGUAGCAAUGGAUGUUUGUGGAGAGAUUGAUUCUCAAUUCAUUCAAUGGUUCAUUCUCAAUGCAACCCUUUUUUGUUUCUCUUCUCUCUCUCUCAAUUGGCAAAGGAUUAAUUAAAGUCAAAUGCCCGCAGCGGCAAAUGGGACAAAGAAAAACGUUUUACUUGAUAAUGAUUUUCUUGUUCCAAGUAGGGAUAAAGGACUUUGCGGCCUUUCCCUGUUCUUCGCGCAAUAAGAAAACAAAGACCGCUGCCAGUAGACAAAUGAUGAUAUUGAUUCGUGGAAAAAGAAAAGAAAAGGCUCCAUGAGAAGUUGAUUGAUGAUGAGUACACCCGCCACAAGAAGUAAAGACAAAAACGCAUAAAGACUGCUAAGCCAUCCCUGGUGGGAAUGGAUAGUGUCUUUCCCUCUACCGAGGAAACGGUUAUCGAACCGUUUACCGGU